AUGGGGACCUGGAUUUUGUUUGCCUUCCUGUUUGGAACAGCCUUCACUAUGCCUCUACCACCUCAUCCUGGGCACCCUGGUUAUAUCAACUUCAGCUAUGAGGUGCUUACUCCUUUGAGGUGGUCCCAGAGCAUGAUAAGGCAGCCGUAUCCUUCCUAUGGUUACGAACCUAUGGGUGGAUUGCUGCACCACCAAAUCAUCCCUGUGCUGUCUCAACAGCAUACCCCGAGUCACACCCUUCAGCCUCAUCACCACAUCCCAGUGGUGCCAGCUCAACAGCCCGUGGCCCCCCAGCAGCCAAUGAUGCCCGUUCCUGGCCACCACUCCAUGACUCCAAACCAACACCACCAGCCAAACCUCCCUCCACCUGCCCAGCAGCCCUUCCAGCAGCCCUUCCAGCCCCAGUCCAUUCAGCCACAGUCUCACCAGCCCAUGCAGCCCAUGCAGCCCAUGCAGCCCAUGCAGCCCAUGCAGCCCGUCCAGCCCCAACCACCUCUGCACUCCCUGCAUCCCCUGCCACCACAGCCACAUCUGCCUCCGAUGUUCCCCAUGCAGCUGCCCCCCCUUCUUCCUGAUUUGCCUCUGGAAGCUUGGCCAGCAACAGACAAGACCAAGCGGGAAGAAGUG